GAAACACUGGGGUUUGUUUUCUGUUUGUUCCCUAGUCUGCAUCCAGCCAGGAUCAUUCAGAGUCAGGCAUGUUCCAGUAAUGCGAUUUUGUGUUUACAGCUGUUUCCAGUGGUGAGCUGCCAUGUGGGCAUUGUGCAUGCUGAAGAGCCUGUUUGCUAUGCAGUUUGCUUGGACAUGCUUUCCUGCUAUUCUAGGAUAAUCAGUUCACUGCAAGUUACAACAGUGUUGGAUCUGAUGAUCAAACUUGGAUGGGUCUGUUGCAUACUUGUGGGGAAAAUGUAUGGUGAAGAUUUCACGAGGAUACCUGUGAGACCCUUUCUGGAACUCAGUUGACAUGGAUGAUGAAGAUGGCCGAUGUUUGCUAGAUGUAAUUUGUGAUCCUCAGGCCUUGAAUGAUUUUUUACAUGGAUCUGAAAAGAUUGACAGUGAUGAUCUCCUGGACAACACAGGAGAUGCAGCCAGCGCCUUCUUUGAGGGUGCUGGGCUGCACGUGCAAGAAACCUCUGGCAAUCAUUUGAACACUGAACAAAGCCAGCCCACAGCCAGUGUGGACUUAGAUUUCUUGGAAGAUGACAUCCUGGGCUCACCUUCUGGGAGUGGGGCCAACCUGCAGAACUCUGAGCAGCCGUGUGACAUCCUCCAGCAGAGCCUGCAGGAGGCCAACAUCACUGAGCAGACGCUGGAGGCAGAAGCAGAGCUGGACCUGGGUUCUUUCCAGCUCCCUACACUUCAGCCGGUAGUCCACACUGCCUCUGAUGGCACCCCACAGAUUUUUUCGAGUGGGGCGGACCUUAUUGGACUGCAGCAGCCUGCAGUCUUGACCCAUCAAGCCCUUGUGCAGCAGUCGGUAGGGGCUGAUGUUGUCAACAAGGCCAUCAGUGUCCAGCCUUUCCUCCAGCAAGUUGGCUUAGGGAAUGUUACCAUCCAGCCAAUUUCCAACCUUCAAGGACUGCCCAAUGGGAGCCCCAGUGGGGCACUGGGCAUCGGGCAGAUCCAGGUGGUUGGCCAGCAGGUGAUGGCAAUUAACCAGCCCACUCAGCAGAUCAUUGCUAAGCAAGUUCAGCCUUCCCAGGUGGCCACCAUGCCGGUUGGCAGCUACAUCACGCAGACAGCGCCAGAGCAGCAGCAGGUCACCCUUGCCUCCGCCGGGGUGUCUCCACAGAAUGCAGGCCUUGUCAUCCAGAAGAAUCUCCCAGCCGUGGCCACGACGACACUGAAUGGAAGCUCCAUGUUUGGGAGUGUGUCUGCUACACAGGGCUCCCAGCCUCUCACCGUCACAUCAAACCUGAGCAGCCCGCUGGUACAGGCCCAAAACGUGAUCAUUCAUCGGACCCCCACACCAAUUCAACCAAAGCCUGCAGGAGUGCUCCAGCAGAAGUUAUACCAGAUCACCCCCAAACCAUUUGGUCCCAACAACACUACCCUAACCAUCCAGAAUGAGGCUGCCCUCCAACAGCAGAAAGCCCAGCAGAACCUAACCUUCAUGGCAGGGAAGGCAGGACAGAAUGUGGUGCUCUCGGGCUUCCCACCAGGGCUGCCUGCCAAUAUGUUCAAGCAGCCCCCGCCACAGCAGCAGGCCCUUAGCAAGGCCAUGAGUGUCCACCUGCUGAACCAAGGCAGCAGCAUUGUCAUCCCAGCACAGCAUGUCCCACAGGCCAUGCUGCAGGGUCAAAACCAGUUCCUUCUCCCGGGACAGCUGACGGGCACAUCUGCAGUUCAGAUUCCACAGCAACUGUCUGCCCUGCAGGCUAACAUGGGUGGCCAGAUACUAACCACAUCACAUCCUAGUGGGCAGACGCAUAUCAUAACAAGCCAAGGGCCUGGUGGGCAGCUAAUAACAAAUCAAGCACUGCCUGCCCAAAUUCUCACCAAUCAGAACCUGGCAGGCCAGCUGAACUUGGGGCAGGUACUGACGUCACAGAAUGCACAUGGCACUGCCCACAUACUCUCUGCUCCUAUCCAGCUUCAGCCUGGGCAGGUUGGCCAGCCGACUCUCUUCCAGAUGCCUGUGUCUCUAGCUGGUAGCCUGACGACUCAAAGCCAGCCCACUGUUGCAGCCUCGUUGGCCAGCGGUGCCAUCAAUCAGACGGGACAGACUGUUAUCCAAGGAGUCACCCUGCCUAACCAAGUGGCUAUGUUAAAUGCCACUGAGAACCUCAACCAAACUGUGACCAUCCAAGCACCUCCAAGUGCCAGCAGCCAGAGCCCAGGUCUCAUUCAGCCACAGCCAACCUCCAGCACUAACCUGCUGCCAAGCAGCGACCAAGCCAACCUGUUAACCGUCCAGUCUGCUUCCCAGCCUUCUGCUCCUUCCCAGCUUCAGCUAAACAUACAGCAGCAAACUCCACCACCUCAGCAGCCAGCACAGCUACCCGUGACCUCCCAGCCCAGUCCUAACUUGGUGGCAUCUAGUCCUGAAAAGAUCAUCUUGGGCCAGGCAGCUGCUGGAACUGUCAUCUCCCAAGAUUCCAUGCAGAUGUUUCUACAGCAGAAGGAUCGGAGCCAGCAGCAGCAGCAAUUUUACCCGCCAGCCCUGAAAAUGCAGCAAGAGAGCAGUAUGAACGAAUCCACAGUUCCUCCCCACCUGCCAAUGCCUCUGCCCAUCUACAGCAUAGCCACCACCGCACUCAGCACUACAAGCAGUGUCCCAGCCUCGGUGAUAGUCAGCAGCAGUGUUGGUGCAGCCCUGCAGCCACCUGCCAGCCGAGAGCUGAGCCAGAGCCACAACCUUCCGCCGGUGGAGUCCAAAGUACCUCAGUUCUCAACCGGCCCUCCCCAGCAGGCACUGGCUUGCCAGUUGCCCUCGGGACAGCAGAAACUUCCUGGAGCCUCCCCGUCCCACUCACUACCUCAUCCUUCAGUGGGGGAAAGCCCACAGCUCCAGCCCACACACCUUUCACAGAUGCAGUCUCCACACCAAUCCCGCCCUCCAUCACAGCCUCAGCCUCUUUCCCGGCCGCCUUCUCGGCCUCACUCGAGGCCUCCUUCCCAACCGCAGACUUUGUCCAGGCCGCCUUCCGAGCCUGUGUCACGAUCAUGCACACCCCAGACACAGAUGCAGAACUUGUAUGUGAUCCAAAAUCAAAUUGCCUCUUCCCCUCACGGUCCCAACCAGCACCCCCUGCGGCCCCCCUCCCAGCCUCAGGUACCAUUCCAAGCAGAUGGCCAGUCCCAGCUAGCAACCGCUCCACACCUGCAGCUCCAGGUUCAGCUCGCUCCUCAGCUCCAGCCACAAGCUGAGGCCCAAGUCCAGGCUCGGCUCCAACCCCAGAUUCAAGCUCCCUCCGAGGUGCAGCACACCCAUUCCCCCCAUUUCCAGCUUCAGUUUUCUGCCCAGGGCCCAAUCAAGCCUCCCACCCCAACCCAGACAGUUCAUCUAUCACAAGAGCAGCAAAGAAGCUUUCAGAUGGUUCCGAAUCAGUUCCAGGCUCUCUCAGCUAUUCCGGCCCCCAUACCUCAGCAGAAGCCACUCAUGGAUCGGUUUCAGCAGGUACCACAGGGAAUUAUCCUGCAAACAAAACAGCCAACUUCCACUAGCCAAGCACCACCUGUGCUGAGCCAGUUCAGCAGCCAGCCAUCCUCAGUCUUGGUUAGCAGCCAAGGUCAGCAGGUCACAGUGACAACAGCUCAAGCACCACCAAGUCAUGGCCAUGCGCCUCUGCCUGCUGCAGUUCAGCCUGCAAGUACAGGUUCCAGCAAGGCAGCUCCUGUGCUGGAAAAGGGGCAAGUCCCGAGAGGAGGAGGAGGUGGAACAGGAGGAGGAGGGCAGCCUGCACAGCCCACAGCACACCUCCAGCAGCAAACGCCAGUGUUGGUGAAAUCAGCAUCGAUACCUAUUGCUGCUGCAACUUCUACAGAGAGCAAAACAUUUUCCAGUAGCUCCACUACCAGUUCUGGAGGGAAAACGACCACUGGGCAAGGAAAACCUGCAGUUCCUCUCACCAUACAGCAGCCAGUUCAGAGCAAGCCUGGAGUAAUAAGCUCCGUGUCUGGUCUGAAUCUUGGGAAAGGUACAUUGCAGCUCCAGGUGGUUGGAAAGGGCUUGCCACAACUCAUGCCUUCAACACCUGCACAAAUUCAACAGCAGUAUGAUAGCAAGCUUGGAAACUUGAAAAAACCACCUCCUAUGCUACAACCCAGUAAGGAAGCUUGUUUUUUGGAACAACUGCAUAAACACCAGGGAGCAGUACUGCAUCCUGAUUACAAAACCUCCUUCCGGUCCUUUGAAGAUGCUUUGCAGAGGCUCCUGCCAUAUCACGUCUACCAGGGAACACUGCCUUCUCCCCAUGACUAUCGGAAAGUAGAUGAAGAGUUUGAAAUGGUGUCUACACAGCUGUUGAAACGCACGCAAGCCAUGCUGAACAAAUACCGCCUGCUGCUUUUGGAGGAAUCCCGGAGAGUCAGUCCUUCAGCGGAGAUGGUGAUGAUUGAUCGGAUGUUCAUACAGGAAGAAAAGACCACCUUAGCUUUGGAUAAACAGCUGGCAAAGGAGAAGCCAGAUGAGUAUGUCUCCUCAUCUUCGAGGAGUUUUGCUUCUUCACUGGCUCAGGGCUCUCUGUCCAGCAGCGUCUCUUUGGCCUCUGAGAACCUGAAGUCCCCUCCGGUGCAGAUGGCAACCCAGAUCAACCCCACCAAACUGGUCAUCAAGCACAGUGGAGGCUCUCCCUCUGUCAUGUGGGCCAAGGCCUCUCCCUCACUGGACGGCGAUGAAGACGCUUUGCCAUCUAGGAGCAAGCCACCCAUCAAAACCUAUGAAGCCCGGAGCCGGAUCGGGCUGAAGCUGAAGAUCAAACAGGAGGCAGGGCUUAGUAAAGUAGUUCACAACACUGCCUUGGACCCAGUUCACCAGACACCGCCUUCCGCAUGCACCGUGAUCAAAACCGCCGACCAGCACUCGUCAACUUCAGCUGCUACCACCACCACCACCACCGCCGCCACCACCACCUCAAUGGCGGGGCAGAUGAAUGGGACAGUUGACCAUAUUGCUGCAGCUCCGGCAGAGAAAAAGCCCAUCGUGACCUACUGCAGGCUUCCUCUCCGCAAAACCUACCGGGAGAACGUGGACGCUUUCGUAACAGAUAAAGCCCCGGACACCACCCUGAAAGGGAGCACUCCAAAAGCCGAUGUGGUGCCAAGCACCCUCGUCAUCAAGCAGGAUGGUGGGUCUCGGAGUGUCAUCACUUCUCACAAAACCCAUGAGAGUCCCUCCGUGACUGUGACAGAGAAGGGCAGAUUAGAAGAAAACACCAAGCAUACUUUUUUCAACCGGAGUGAUGCCCGUUCUCUAGUGAUGCAAGAAAGCCCUGCCCCUCCUAAGACCGAUGACUCGACCAGUGGCCUUAUGAAGGAAUUAGCAGAGGUUGAGGAUGAAUUUUAUCACCGAAUGAUAAAGACAGAACCACCUGAUCACGGAUCUGCCUCUGAACUUGCAUGGGAGGUGGCCCUGCCCCCAGCCAAGCGCAGAAAGUCGGAAUCUUUCGAUGUAGACAAUGCCAGCUUCUCCAGUGAUAGCCCCCCAGACGACUCACUUAACGAGCAUCUACAGAGCGCCAUUGACAGCAUCCUGAAUUUGCAACAACCUCAGGCUGGGGGUCAGAACACCCGAACACCUUCCUCUUCCUACAAUUCUUCCUCCUCCCCUUUCUCCUCACCUGUCCACCGCACGGACACGUACCUUGCCCCCAAUCACAAUGGCGGCCUUGGAGCAAGGACGUUGAACAGAUAACAGAGCUCUAAAGCAAGCAGAGACUGUACAAAGCGAGCCGAGGACUGAAGCUGCAGCAGCUUCUGCUGGCUGGGAAACGGUUGGAAGCCAAGGUGCCACUUCCCAGAGACCCAACAGAAUGGAGCUGAUACCAGAAGGGGGGAAGAGUGGGGGCCUCAGGAGGGGAGGGCCACAGGAAUGUCCUACAGAGAGGCUUCAUCCAUCCAAAUGUUUAUAGGAUGGGCUUUGGUUGUUGUAAAGUACAAGCUGUGGCUGGAUUUACAAUACACUCAUCUCCUCACAUGCACCAUUUAAAAAAAGUUCAACAAAUGCCAGGCAGGCAAGUGGGAGGGGGUGGAUUGGGGGCCCAUAGGUAGUGUUGGCUGUGUAAUAUUUAGAUUCUGUAACAAAUUGCUAAUUUGAAUCUUUGAAUGAUGAUAAUUGGGGUUAUUUUCCCCCUCUCCCCAAACUCCAUGAAUAUAUGUAGGACAUUUUAACAAAUCCCAAGUCAGAAGCCAGCAGGGAGGCCAAAGGAAUGGGGCAGGAGGGAUAACUCCACCUGAGCUGCCAGAAGGGGCAAUUAUUUAAUUGAUUCUGUCAGGUUUCUUAAGUUAUUCUAAAUAUGUACUGUCUGCUUUUUUUUUUUUUUACAAAGAAGGAAAGAUUCUGAACAAAAUGGAAAAAAGAAAGGAGAAAAGUUGCAAACACUAAUGCGUAGAACAAAUAAGCAUGGAUGAGUUUACAAAUAAAGAGGAAAUUGCUCCAUUUUCAGACAUAGAUGGGUGUGGUUAACACAGCCAUGGUGGUUCGAACAAGGAAAAGUUCUGGCAAGAGGCUGUGUGCUUCUCUUCCCCUCUUCGCUCCUACUAGAUAAACAAAACAAUAACACAUAAGGCUGAGCUUUUGACAGCUGUUUGGUUCAAAAGAACUGUGUUCAAGCCUGGCAUUCUCAUGUUGGGCCUUUGAUGGCAGCAUGCCUUGGAGCCCUGGGGAAGGAUAGGGAACUGAGCGGUCAAGCCUGUGUUUCUGCACUCUUCCGUCCUUUGUUGCAGCUGCCUCCUGUGGCUUCUCUCCUGGUUUUAAUGCCAUCGCUUUGUACCCUCCUCUCUUUCUGCUGCCUGUGCAUGACAGGAGUUCCAAGACCGGAUAGAAAUCCCUUGCUUGCAAACUAUCAGAACCUUGUUGUAACAGGUAGUGGGAAAAGAAGAAAGCAACGCCAGCCAUUGUCGGAUCCAGAUGAAGUUAAUCACACUUUUUCCAUUGAAACGGUUUUUCACAUUGAUUUUAAUGGGACCCAGGUAUAACUUAGUCUGGAUCCAACCCUGUGUCUUCCCCAUAGUGCUUCUAUUUCCAGUUACUGAUGGGAAUAAAAGAUCCAUCAUCACAGCUUUAUGCAGUUUUCUUGCUGCACUGUUGCACUGUUCAGAAUGCCUCAACUGAGAUCUCCUACCUUACUUGUUUUGUCUACAGUUCUUAUUUUGUAAAUUUUUUCUAUAACCUCAUAAGGCCUAGGAGCUGUUGGAACACAACUUGAGUGCCAGCAGUGAGACUGACUUGUCUGUCAAUGAAUUAUCCCAUGAUUUGUCAGGUUUUGUUUUUUGAUUUAAUCUGUGGGAAUCAAAGAAUUCCCACAACAGAAAUAAUAGUGUGAAGGAGUUAUGCAUGUGUUUGUGAGCAAGUAAUAGGCUGGUGUAUUCUUGGUCCGCCUGCUCUGAUUCAUAGAAAGACAGAGAUUAAAACUUUUCUCAUUGCAGUGUUCAUCACAGGGGCAACCCCAGGAUUAUGCACAUGUGAAUGUAUCAGCUAAGUUAGGACACAGUUCUGAAUUAACACCGAUCAAGACUUCACUGCAUGGAGAGCAGAAUACCAAACAGGCAGCACAAGCUCAUAUUCAUCAUCCCAUUUUCCUCAAAUAAUCAGUGGGUUCCCCUUUGCACAAAAGUGUGGUCAGUGCCCUUUGUUGCCUGUUGUGUCUUGCACUGGACCUAGAAAUAAAGGAUUUCUCGGCCUUGGGUUCUCCACCAACUGCAGUCUGUGCUGCUGCCGCCCACAGCUGCCAUCUUCUUUCAUACAGGACAUUUUGCACUCAGAUCCUUCCUCUUCCACUUCUGACCUCCUUGUUCCUGCAAAAUAUUGCUUAGGUGCCAUUUUAGAAUUUUUGAAAGUGCCAUUUCUUUGCUCUCUCUCUUCUGUGGCGUAUUCAUUUUGUCUGUUGCUACUUGCUUUGUAGGGGCAGAAGCGUUUUCACCUGAAAGCACUGCUGAAUUGGCAAAUUCACAACCUGCUGUUUUAGAUGGCAUCUUUAAGCCUGUUUCAAAGAGAAGCAGGAACAUUUUCUCUUCCUCCACAGCUGGACUAUGUGAGGAGAACAGAACUGGUAGGGCAGUGUUUUGUUAGUAGUCCCCUGUGGGUGGAAUAGUUUCAGAGUUGAGCUGCACAAAACCCUCCAGCAGAUGAGUUGGAAAGGUGGCAGUCUCUCAGCUUCUUGAAGAGCAAAGGUGUUUUUAUGAGCUUGCUUGAUGUAGCCCCCUGCUGUGACCUUUUUUAGGACUUGGUACAACCAAACUAAGCUCCUCCAUAGUACAUAGUAGAUUGCUGUCCUUUGAUUAUUCUUCUCCAGUUUUUCACAAUAAAGUGUUCUGCUGCUGCUCCAAUAGGCUAGCACUGGGCAGCAAUCCUCACAGAGUUCUUUACUGAUUUGCAAUCCCCUAGACAAGUGUCCCUUUCAUUGAUAAAUGUAAUGCAAAAAUAAAUAAACCCAGACCAUACAUUUCUAUUUGUAGGUGCCAAAACUUCCACCUCCCCGAUCACUCUCAUACAUGCAUGAACACACAUACAUAGAUUCACGGUAGUGAAGUGGGGCUUGGGGAGACAGAUAUGUUCUAGAAAGUGUAAACACAAAAAAGGCAAGGAUACCUGCUCAGUCAGCCAUCAGUUAUGUUUUCUGUGGAUAUGUGCACAAGCUGAACAUACCUGAUAAUCAGAUCUCCUAGAAUGAAUAUUCAUAAAAUGCCUUCUGAAUGACCGUGUAGAAGUGCUCUUGUUCUUGUAAUACAGGAUAAUUUUCUACAUAACCAGGGCCUGGAGCCUGGGGUAUGGAGUUAGAGCAAGAGGGGUGCGAUGGAUCUUCUAACAUCCAGAACCAAAACAUAUUCCAUAGUAGCUAUGCCCUGCUGGCUGAUGAAGUAUAAAAUUUGUGGGUGUAGAAGGAAUAAAACAUGUAUGUUAAUCAAUCUUGAAGAGGAUUUUUCCUCUCUUGGUUCCUAGCUCCUGUGACAUAAUAUUCUUCUUAAGUACUUUUUGCAAUCCUGGAAGUAGGAUUUCUUCACUCUUUGUUAUCCUGUCAGAUAGGAUAGCCUGCCAUCUCUGUCUCAGAUCACAGUCUGAAGUACCUACUCUGUAGCUCAAUAUGUUUUCCUAGCUCACCAAAUUGCCAAGGGUGGAUUCGCUAUUUCUUCUUGUGUCAGACUCGGUUCAUACUCCGCUUUUGUGUGUCUGCACCUUUGGCCACCAUGAGCCCCUUUGUCUGUUCUCUUCUUUCCAAAAGAGGCCUGCUGCCUAAAACCAAAGUAGAUGUGCACGGCCUUGCACAUGACUUCAAAAGCAACCAGUGUUGCCAAAGUCUUUUGUUGUCUUUCUUAGUAAGUAAAGGCCUGCUUGCUCAUUGUCCCCCAGAAUUGUGUAAUAAUGAACAGCCAGUUUAUCUACUACCAAAAUUGGCUUUCUUGUUUUGUGCCACUUUACUCCCCGCUACACAUGCACAUUGCCUUAUUACAAAAGAGAGAGAAAGAAAGGAAGAAAUACCUUUCUUGACAUCAAGUUUCAGAUUAAAUGCAAGCCAGCAAAAGAGUACUUUUGGCUGCUGUCCCAUAGUAUAAACCAAGAGCAGAAGUAAAGCCCAACAUGUUCUACUUAGAGAUAAGCUGUUUGUCAUUUUGGAAUGGCGCCAAGUGAUCUGUGUUCAGCCAUUAGCUAUAAAUCUUUUAUUUCUCUUUUCUCUCAGACUUCUUUCUUUCUUUCCAAGAGGAAAAGCCUCUGCUAUAAUGCUGGUUUCCAGGGGUCAGGAAUUUGCUGCAGCUGCCUUCUGAAUUCCUUCACACUCUUCUUUCUGUGACCCCCUCCAAACCUCCUGCAAGUAGUUCUGAAACAAAGUCUUCUUUUGAUAGUUUCUCUCUUCUGGUGUCUACAACCACCAUCCUGUAGCUGGCCAAACUCUGAUGAUAAAUUGUCAUGAAAAGUUUUGAACACCAUUUAAAAAGUAAAAUCAGCUUUCUGGAGAAAAGGGCUGCAGAAACAAGGAUAUGGAUUCUGUCAUUGUUCUGGGUUUAAACUUUAAUAAGAAAGCAAACAAUUAUUUUUAGAAUUUCAAGUGUCAUCCUGUUUUCCUGUGAAUGCUCUUUUGAAAAGAUUUGGCAACCAAACCAGCGAAGAAAUCCUGGACUUAAGAGUGCAGAAAAACAUGGAACAUUUUCAGGCUUCUUUCUUUUGCUUGCUUCCCUCCACUCCUUCAAAAUAACAAACACAAUUUUAUGAGGCCUUAACAUUAUCCAUGUGCUCAUUUGAUAUAUUCCCAUUGAAAACCAGUAUGUGCAUCAUGCAUAUUUUGCCUAUGAUUCGAGCAGCAACUUGACCAGAUUGGAGAAGAGAAGCCAGUACUUCUAGGAUCACUAGUUUUAAAAGUGAAGAUGAGGAAGUACUUCUUAUUUUGUAGCCAAUUGAAUUUUCCAGCUUUCUUAAAGUAGCUGUUUCUUGGAGAUCUGAGCGAUUUUGUCCCAUCUCUGGUGUGUGCACACACACACACAGUUUGCUUCUUUAAUUUUUUAAUUAAAAAAAUUGCCUUUGCUUCAUUCCCCUCAUUGUACCAUCUGGACUAGCUGAACACACAGAAAUAUUAACGUGCAAGUAUUUUAUGUAUAGCUAUUCAGUUGCAAAGCAUGUUUAAUAGAUAUCAGCACAAUCAGUUCUGGGAUACAAUGGUAGAAAGCUGAGCAGCUUAGCUUAAACACCUGGAUAAACAGAUUGAAUUUGGGCCUGUUUUGUUUUUGUUUUUAAUUGUUCUUUUUCACCUGCCUUACCAUCACUCACACAUUUUGACAAAGGACAAAGAACAUGUAACCCCAUCACUAGUUUCUGUGUUCCAUUUCUUAUGAUGAAUCUGUUUCUACACUCAGCACAGAAUGUGCCUGCGUUCAUUUUUCUAUCCCCGCAUUUGGUUAUCCUUGCCGAAUCCCCACGCCCACCCCAUGUAAGAGGCAGUGCCAAUAGGGUUUCUACUCUAAAAGGUUGUUACAGAUUAAAAGACCAGGGAUACUAGAGAAUGUUGCUAUUGGUCCAAGCCUAUUUAGCAUCAAUUCCUCCUUCUUUAAACUUACUGUGUCUUGUGAAGUAGAUGAAAGUUGGUGUCUUUAAAAGUGCAGUUUACUGGAGAAGAAAUGUUUAGGGAUAUAAUUGAACCAAAAAGAGGGUUAAAAAGGUCUACAUUUCUCUCUCUCUCUCUCUUCUUUCUCUCGUCUUUGACAAAGUGUGUUUCAAAACUUGCCCCAUCUUACCAAUGGUGCAGCUUGCUUAAGAAAUUCGUAUGCCAGAGCCCCAAUUUCAAGUGUUGUUGCCGCACUACACAUAAAUGCAGAGUGGCUUGUGGAGGUUCGACAGUGUCUAUACCAGGGUCUGUGUGAGGUAUCACUGGAUCAGGCUGUAGGUGGCUUGAAAACAAUGCAAAACAUGGUGAACACACGAUUUCCAGCAAAUAUCUCAGACCGUUCAGUCCCUAUAAAAGCUGUUGCUGCUUUGAAGCAGCACACAACUCAGUCAUGUAACUUUUGAUUUAGCUCUGGCUUUACGCUGCGUGGCAUUCUAAAAUCUCCUCGUAGGGACAAGGAACCCUUAGGUAUGCCCUUGAGGCAGCUGCCCAUCUUUCUGCCCACUUCCCCUGCCCUCUGCGGCGGCACGCCAUUGUGGAAGCCAAGCUGCAGCCUUUCCAGAGGGACCUGGAGCAGCCUGGGUCGCCCUGAUCCAGAACCUUGUAGGGGGCCGGAUGCAUGCACAGCCUCCCUGUGGACCUGUGUUUCAUCAAGCAGUGUACCGUGGCUUGCACACGAACGUGUGCUUUCCACCUUGAAGAGAAAUGGCGUUCUGCCAUCAGCAGGACAUUGCUGAUGUGCAGGCAGGCAGUUUCCUCUUUCACUAUGAAUUGCUGCUGGAGCAAGAGACCAGGAAGAGUGAAAACCAGAUUUGGUUCCGAAACACUACUUGCUGAAGUGCACCAUGCUCCCCAGCUGUAGCCCCCUUGUUACCCAAAUGUGGGCGGAAACGUAUAUGGUUAGGAAGCAAUAAGGGAUGUUCUAACUCACAGGCUGGUGGGGGAUUUUUCUUCUUUUUUAUAUAUAAAUAUAUAUAUAAAAAUGUAUAUGAAAUUGUUUGGCUUUUUGUUUAUCGUCCAUUUUUCCUAAAGUGUGGAUUUGGGAUCGUUAGCUCAUUUGGUUGCUGCCGCCUCUUCUCACUGCAAAGCGGUUAAGUUACGAAGGGGUGUGACUCUUCCCUUCAUCUUAAAGGUUAAUAUAUGUUGGCACUCUCAUUGUUACAGGGAGGUAUGUUUUACAUCUUUUCAGUAUUUUGAAACAAAGUGACUGGUUUUUUGUUUCAUUGGCACCUAAGCAGAGGAGAAAUUCCCAUCUCCUUAUAUGUGUUUAAAUUUUCAGUGAGUGUUGGGGUUUUUAUUUUAGAGAGGGGUAUUGGAGAAGAGAAGGAGAGAUGCAUGUUGCAACUCUAGAGAAGCUUUGACCUGUGCACUUCAACACAUCACCAGUGAUGUAGAACAUAAAAAGCACAACCCUACUCAUGCUUAACUAGAAAACAGUCCUAUAAAUUCCCGCAUGCACCAGCCAGCCAUGCUAGCUGGAGGAUGCUUAGAAAAAUAGGAUAUUUUUCUGUCUAAUCAUACAUAGGAUUGUGCCCUAAAUGGAGUUGGGAGGGUAGUUCCAAACAACCAUUUUCAAAUGUCAAGGAAAUGCAUUUCAGUCCUUCUGAAUCCUUCAGCUUCCCCAUCCAGCACCAAAUAACCGAAAGGCUUUCCAAGUAAAAGGAAGCAAGAAGUAAUACCCCACUUCUUUUAGUAUUAAAAAUUAAAUAACCAGUUUUUCUUUCAUCCCCCUGCUGGUACCAGUUUGAACUUCAUCACAGUUCAAAAACAAAAUAUAGUACUAUAAAAUAAUUUUGUACUGUAUUUAUUGUGUAUAACAAUUUUUUAAAAGAAUUAUGUACAUUUAGUACUUCUGUGUAAAUUAAAUUGCUCUUCUUUUUAAAAAUGG